AGAAACAAUUAACUCUAUCCUGUCUCUCCCAAAACCAAAAACAAACCCCUCUCUCUCUAUAAAUCUCACAACCUUCUUCCUUCCUUUUAUUUUCCACAUCCAAAAAUCCAAAAAGAUCAUUCCUUUCCCCUUUUAGAGAUUGAUUGCACAUAUAUACAGAUGUAUAACAGAUCCAUGGCGGACCAAGAACCCGACAACAACGACCUUAGAAUAGUAGUAGAAAGCAAGCCUUCUGAAGCAAAGCUCCGAGAACUCAACAUCAGCGGUUGGCCAAAAUGGGGGUGUUCGCCGGGGAAAUACCAGCUGAAAUUUGAGGCAGAAGAGACUUGCUAUCUGGUGAAGGGGAAAGUGAAGGCAUAUUAUCAAAAGGGAGGUUCCAAUUGUGAACAAUACACAGAGUUUGGCGCUGGGGAUUUGGUCACCAUUCCUAAAGGGCUCAGCUGCACUUGGGAUGUCUCUGUUGCUGUUGAUAAGUUCUACAGAUUUCAAUCUUCUUCCUAAUUCUAUACAUAUAUUCUCCUUCUUAAAUACAUCAAUUUUAUUCAUCUUAGUCUACAAGCCGACUCGCUUUCUGAUGUUGUUAGAAUUCAUUUUUUGAUGGCCACCAGUCAAGUUUUGAUCGAUGUAGAUUUUUAGUGGUAGUAUGGAUGGUAACUAAAUGAAUCCAUAGAUAUUUAUUCA